GUGGAGAAAGGCAGUCCCGCCUCGGUCCGCGCAGUCCCUGCGCAAGGCCUUCCUUCGCCGCGACGCCGCGGGGCUCGGGAGCCUGCCGUCUCCGCCCCCGCCCCCGCGGCCGCAGGUCCCCAGCCCCGCCCCGCCCCGCCCUGGGCUCUGGGCUCCGCGGGCCGCGGGCCGUGCGGCUGGUGCCCAGGUCUCCCGCGGCCAGAGGAUGGCCAAGGUCCCGGAGCUGGACGACACCUUCCUGCAGGCGCAGGCGCAGCCUUCGCCCCAAGUUUCCCCCGAGGCCCGGGAGGAGUGCUGUGGGCCGCUCCUGGGCAAGGGCUUGCUCAUUUACCCCGAGGAAAGGGUGUACCUGGCGGCGGCGGCCGGCGGCGCGCUGGGCAGCGCGGAGAGAGGGGAAGACCCGGAGCCGCCGGCGGGAGUUAAAUCGGAAAUGCGUUUAAGCAAUGGUAACGUUUCCUCGGAAGAAGAGGAUGCAGACAGUCACGACAGCAAAACCAAAGCAGCCGAUCUACACCUCUCUCAGAAGAAAACCGUCACGCAGAUGAUGAAGGAUAAAAAGAAGCAGACUCAGCUCACCCUGCAGUGGCUUGAAGAGAAUUACAUUGUGUGUGAGGGAGUUUGCUUACCACGGUGCAUCCUUUAUGCGCACUAUUUAGAUUUCUGCAGGAAAGAGAAAUUGGAGCCAGCCUGUGCAGCCACCUUUGGAAAGACAAUUCGCCAGAAAUUCCCCCUCUUAACGACUCGGCGACUUGGAACAAGAGGCCAUUCAAAGUAUCAUUAUUAUGGGAUUGGCAUCAAAGAGAGCAGUGCAUAUUACCACUCCGUUUAUUCUGGAAAGGGCCUGACAAGGUUUUCUGGAAGCAAGCUGAAGAAUGAGGGUGGCUUCACUCGUAAAUACUCACUAAGUUCAAAAACUGGAACACUUCUUCCAGAAUUCCCCAGUGCUCAACACCUUGUGUACCAGGGAUGCAUUUCUAAAGACAAGGUUGAUACCCUCAUAAUGAUGUAUAAAACUCACUGCCAGUGCAUCCUGGACAAUGCAAUUAAUGGAAACUUUGAAGAGAUCCAGCAUUUCUUAUUACACUUUUGGCAAGGAAUGCCUGAUCAUCUUCUUCCCCUGCUUGAAAACCCUGUUAUCAUUGACAUUUUCUGUGUUUGUGACUCAAUUCUUUAUAAGGUUCUUACAGAUGUACUCAUUCCUGCAACAAUGCAAGAAAUGCCUGAAAGCUUAUUAGCAGAUAUAAGAAAUUUUGCUAAAAAUUGGGAACAGUGGGUUGUUUCAUCUUUGGAAAACUUGCCAGAAGCUCUAACUGACAAGAAGAUACCUAUCGUGCGAAGAUUUGUAUCUUCUCUGAAACGGCAAACAUCUUUCUUACACCUUGCUCAGAUUGCCAGACCAGCUCUCUUCGACCAGCAUGUUGUGAAUUCUAUGGUAUCUGAUAUUGAAAAGGUUGACUUGAAUAGUAUUGGAUCGCAGGCCCUUCUCACCAUUUCUGGCAGCACAGACACUGAAUCAGAUAUCUACACUGAACAUGAUUCUAUCACAGUGUUCCAAGAACUGAAAGAUCUUCUUAAGAAGAAUGCCACCGUGGAGGCUUUUAUUGAAUGGUUGGAUACUGUGGUAGAGCAGAGAGUUAUUAAGACCAGCAAACAAAAUGGAAGAUCAUUAAAGAAGAGGGCUCAAGACUUUCUGCUCAAGUGGAGUUUUUUUGGUGCUCGAGUAAUGCAUAACCUCACCUUGAACAAUGCAUCCAGUUUUGGUUCUUUCCAUUUGAUCCGAAUGCUUCUUGAUGAAUACAUUCUCCUUGCCAUGGAGACCCAGUUCAAUAAUGACAAAGAGCAGGAGUUACAGAAUCUAUUGGACAAGUAUAUGAAGAAUUCAGACGCAAGUAAAGCUGCCUUCACUGCUUCUCCGAGUUCUUGCUUUCUGGCCAACCGUAAUAAAGGGAGCACUGUUUCCAGUGACACUGUGAAGAAUGAAAGCCAUGUGGAAACACCCUAUCUUCCUCUAUCAUCCAGUCAUCCUGGAGGCUUACCCUCUGCUCUACACCCAUUUCCUGCUGGGAAUACAGACACCAUGCCGCUCACAGGUCAAAUGGACCUUUCCCAGAACACUGGUCAUCUGAUGACACCACCCAUUUCUCCAGCCAUGGCGAGCCGAGGAAGCGUCAUUAACCAGGGACCAAUGGCAGGAAGACCUCAAAGUGUGGGCCCAGUCCUGUCAGCUCCACCCCACUGCUCAACAUUCCCAGAGCCCAUUUAUCCUACUCAUCCUCAAACCAGCCAUGACUUUUAUGGGACCAACUCUAACUAUCAGACUGUGUUUAGGGCACAGCCUCACCCCCCAUCAGGAGUCUAUCCUCAUCGCCCAGAGCAUGGUCGAUGCAUGGCCUGGAGUGAACAGCAGCUUUCUAGAGACUUCUUCAGUGGCAGCUGUGCUGGGUCUCCAUAUAAUUCUCGACCACCUUCCAGCUACGGACCAUCCUCACACAGCCAAGAUUCACACAGUAUGCAGUUUUUAAAUACAGGAAACUUCAAUUUCCUGAGCAAUGCGGGCGCUGCCAGCUGCCAAGGAGCAACAUUGCCUCCUAAUUCACCGAAUGGAUACUAUGGAAGCAACAUAAACUACCCAGAGUCUCAUAGACUCGGAUCGAUGGUGAACCAACAUGUUUCUGUCAUCAGCAGUGUUCGCUCACUGCCUCCCUACAGUGACAUCCACGAUCCACUUAACAUUUUAGAUGACAAUAGUAGAAAGCAGACCAGCUCAUUUUACGCAGACACAUCACCAUCAGUUGCGUGUCGAACUCCAGUAGUAGCAUCCAGCUUGCAAACCCCAAUUCCUUCCUCCUCAUCCCAAUGUAUGUAUGGAGCUUCCAAUCAGUAUCCAGCUCAAGAGACCUUGGAUUCCCAUGGAGCAAAUGGUAGAGAAAUGGUGUCCUCUUUACCACCCAUCAACACUGUGUUCAUGGGAACAGCAGCUGGAGGCACUUAAACCAACAAUGUUGAGUGAGGAUUGAAACUAAGAAUCUCUACUGCUCAAAUAUUGUUCAUUCAGAUUGCCAUCAGGGUAAAGAAAAUGGAAUAUACAGUGGCAGGACAUUGUUUCAAGUCACUGGUACAAAACUAUGGACAACUCCAUAAUGAAUGGAGAUACUUGCAGACUUUGCCUUGCACGCAAAUUGUUUAAAAUGUGAUCUUGUUAUUAAUUAUCGUUUCAAACAUUAUCAAAUUGAACCACUGGAGCUUUGAAGAUGCAAACAUUUCAGCUAUGAAGAUUUAAUAUUUUGCUUCCUAAUUUAUUGAAAAUCUGUGUGCUGCUUCAUCUUUGGUCUAUAAAAAGAAAAAAUUAUUUAAUACCUUUAAAAUACCUUUAAUUUAUUAGGGUCUCAGAAUCAUUGUUUACUAUCCCUUAUUUGACAAAAAGUCAAGUGUGUGUGUUCUACCUCCUGUGGAAAUGUUUACAAGGUCAAGACUUAAUUCAAUUCAGCCUAGACCAAAGUUGCUUGACUUUCAAUCCUGUGCAUUAGUGCGAUGAGUUCUGUUACAUAGCAGUAUUCCAAUUCUAUGUAACUGAACGGAGAUUAUGAAUGCUUUCCCUCUUUAUUUAAGAAAGGUAAGAAGAAAUGAAAGAAAUAAAGUAUGAAAAGAUUUUUAAAUCCUUGAUUGCUCUUAGGACUGUUACUGUUUCUGAAGAAUGCUUAGGAUUCACAGGCAAAGUUCCUUUGGAUACUGAAUUAAAGAGUAAAGCUGGUUGGGGAAAACAUCAUAAUUCAAGAAUAUUUUCAUAUCAUAUCCAUGCAUAUAAAUAUAAGGAAAUUGUGGCUUAUAGACCAUUUGAACUUCUAAAGAUUUAGAAGCAGUCUUUAAUCAAGUACUUGGCUUAUAAACUACGAGUGAAUGAGUGUUCAAGGACCAUCUGAAUGCAAAGAGAAAUUCAAAAGUGAGGAAUUCAUUCCAUACGAGUUAAUAGAAUUUGAUACACCAUCUAUGUAGGUCUGUUUCCUUUUCAUUUUUGUAUAUCUUAGCUGAAAGGUCUGUUGCAAGACUCAUGGCCUGUAAUGGGAAACCUCCAUUAACUUCACAGGCUUUUCCUACAGUCAUAUGACAGGACUUAUAUUAUUUGUAUUAAGGAUUGGGUUAUACUAUGAGCUCCGAGGACAUUUUUAAAGGAUUUGUAAGCCCCAAAUACCCAUUAUACAUCGUGAUGUAAUUUGGUGAAGACAAACUGCAGAUUGUUUUCAGAAAGCAAUAAACAAAUUAAUUGUGGA